GUCUUGUUCCUUGGGUAGUCAGUCAGUAAGAAGUAGUAGCAGUAGCAGUACUAGUUGGUAUCUAGGUCUCUAUCUAUCUACUACCCUGCCCUGAUACCUGCUACCUACAUACAACUUGCACUUGUACCUACUUUUAGAGAUAGCUUGCUCCAGAUUUUAUCUCGGAUCGCCCGCAUUUCUCCAGACCUCUCCUCCCACUUCUUCCUCCACUCACAAAGCUAUACUACCACAACAACAAAAAAGUCUUAUCACCGGCCCCGCGCGUGACGACGCGCAACCUACCGCCCAAGAUGAACGACAACGACGAUGCCAUGGCCAAUAUCUACAAAAAGAUUGAGCGCGAGAAAGCUCUAAUUAAUGCUGCCAAUUCUAUGCGACAGCAGACCAACAAUGACGAUGUCAGAUCCCGGCUUGAUAGCCAGAUGCGAGAGGGCCGUCGUAACAUCCAGUUCUUUGAGGAGAAGCUUCGCGAUUUACAGAUGAAGCGUCUAGGGCAAGGCGUUGACAGUAUGAGUAUUGGACCAGCCUCUCCCUCAAGCAGCUCGGCUCGUCCUACUAGUGGGGACAUGCGUAGCGAUACUGCCGAGGGAGCACCAGCACUCCCACCCAAGGAUACUGGCGGCUUUUCAGGAGAUAGAGGCUCCUAUGGUUCAUUACCUUACAGCCAGAUUGGUGGUCACGGUGACUUGAUGCCGCCGCGACAUCCAUUUCCACCUCCGGGACCAACCUCGUCUGCUCCGAAAAUGAGGCCGAACUUCACCAAGUUAGAUCUGAUAAAAUACGACACUCCUUACCUCGGUCCUCGAAUUCAGCUCAUGCUGUCCCAAAUUCAAUUCAAACUCAACGUUGAAGAGCAAUAUCUCAAGGGUGUGGAAAAGAUGGUUCAACUCUACAGCAUGGAGGGCGACCGCAAAAGCAAAGCCGACGCCGCAGCUAGGAGAGUUGAGAGUAAGCAGAAGAUUCAUCUCUUGAAGCAGGCACUCAAGAGAUAUGAAGAGCUGCAUAUAGACGACCUAGACACGGCCGAUUCCCCUGACGAUGACAGCAUCAACAUGCCCAAUCUGCGCAAACCGCUAACUGGACAGCUUUCGAUUCGGGUCGUCCAAGUCAGGGAUGUCGAUCACGCAAGUACCGGUCGAUUUUCUCGGGGUCCGGAAACAUUCGUCGCCGUCAAGGUAGAAGAUAACGUUGUUGCACGGACAAAAGUCUCACGUACCGACCGGUGGGAAGCGGAGUAUCACAUGAUUGAAGUCGACAAGGCGAACGAAAUAGAGCUCACGGUGUAUGAUAAGCCGGCCGAGCAUGCUUUGCCUAUCGCGAUGCUGUGGGUGCGAAUAUCGGAUAUCGUAGAGGAGAUGCGGCGAAAGAGAAUCGAGGCUGAGGUUAAUAACUCCGGCUGGGUAUCUGCAGAUAGGAUGGGAGGGCCCGGCGCACCCCCUCCCCAGUUCCCAAUGGAUCCGCAACAGGCGCCGGUUGCUACGGUUGGUGCAGCUGGGCCUACAUCUCCCGGUCUCGCCGGCCCAGGCGCGCAAUUUGGCCCUUCGGCAGUGCCUCAAGUUACAUCGCAGCCAAUUGAUGCGUGGUUCAAUCUAGAGCCUACUGGCUCAAUCCACUUAUCCAUGAACUUUAUGAAGCAGAAUAAGGAUCGACGACCUGUUGAUUUGGGACUUGGACGAAAGGGUGCUAUUCGUCAACGCAAGGAGGAAGUGCACGAGAUGUACGGACACAAGUUCGUGCAGCACCAGUUCUACAACAUCAUGCGUUGCGCCCUAUGCGGUGACUUUCUCAAGUAUUCCGCAGGUAUGCAGUGCGAGGACUGCAAAUACACCUGCCAUACGAAGUGUUAUCCGAGUGUCGUUACGAAGUGUAUUAGCAAGAGCAACGCCGAAACGGACCCGGACGAGGAGAAAAUCAACCACCGGAUCCCACACAGGUUUACGCCAUUUUCAAACGUUACUGCGAACUGGUGUUGCCAUUGUGGUUACAUAUUGCCUUUUGGAAAGAAGAAUUGCAGGAAAUGUGCUGAAUGCGGACUUACGGCCCACGCCCAAUGCGUACAUCUUGUGCCAGAUUUCUGUGGUAUGAGUAUGGCUGUUGCCAACCAGAUCCUUGAAGGCAUCAGGUCAUCAAAACAGCGUCAACAGAAGACAACUUCAUUGAGCGAGAAGACUCUGAGACAGGGCAAGAUGAGCCCCUCGAGUACUUCGUCAGGACCCAUGUCACCCUAUAGUACUCAUGGGGCAUCCUCUUACCAGCCUAGUGUCGCUUCUCAAGAGGCUACCGAAGCUGCUAAAGCGAUGUAUGCUAGUCAGUCAUCCCCAUCGAGACCACUACACCCUGAUCGAACUUCAUCCGGUUCGAGCGCUGCCGCAGCGGCGGCGGCAACAGCAGCAAUGAGCGGUUCUAUUGCCUCCCAGUCAGGUCGUCCAGGUCAGAGUCCGGACUACCCGUCUGGGAGAGUAAGUGGCUAUGGCGGGCCUUUGGAAGCUCAAGAAGACCCCUACGCCGCCAAUCAAGGCCACAAUAUGCCCUCGCAACCGAAAUACAACCCAGCGGCUUACGCGAACAUUGCCAACUACCCUCCAAGCCAGCCACAAAUGGCAGCACAACCGCAACGUCCAGUGCAGCAAUCCCAGUCCCCACCACCCCAAUUGCAACAGCAAAUGUACCCCCCUGUUGCGCCGGUCUCGAAGCCAUCAUCAGUCCAAGAAACCCCUUCAUUAACAUCUAGCACUACUCUACCACCCCCCUCAAGAAAGCCGCUGCCUUCUGCAACCGACCCCGGAACAGGGGCACGUAUUGGGUUGGACCAUUUCAAUUUCCUUGCUGUCCUUGGUAAGGGUAACUUCGGUAAAGUCAUGCUGGCUGAAACCAAGAAGUCCAGGCGUCUUUAUGCUAUUAAGGUUCUCAAGAAGGAAUUCAUCAUCGAGAACGAUGAAGUCGAAAGCAUUCGAUCCGAGAAGCGAGUGUUCCUUAUUGCGAAUAGGGAACGCCAUCCGUUCCUUACCAACCUACACGCCUGCUUCCAAACCGAAACGAGAGUGUACUUUGUCAUGGAGUACGUUAGUGGUGGCGACUUGAUGCUUCACAUUCAACGUAGUCAAUUCAGCACGAAACGCGCACAAUUCUAUGCCGCCGAAGUCUGCUUAGCGCUUAAAUAUUUCCACGAGAAUGGUGUCAUCUACCGUGAUCUUAAGCUUGACAACAUCCUCCUCACUCUGGACGGUCAUAUCAAAAUCGCCGAUUACGGUUUAUGCAAAGAGGAUAUGUGGUAUGGCUCGACAACGAGCACCUUCUGUGGUACACCUGAAUUCAUGGCUCCUGAGAUUUUACUAGACAAAAAAUACGGUAGAGCUGUAGAUUGGUGGGCUUUUGGAGUUCUGAUAUACCAGAUGCUUCUGCAGCAAUCACCAUUCCGAGGUGAAGAUGAGGACGAGAUCUACGACGCGAUUCUUGCGGAUGAGCCGCUCUAUCCUAUCCAUAUGCCUAGAGAAUCGGUUUCGAUUCUCCAGAAGCUCCUCACGAGAGACCCAGAUCAACGACUAGGAAGCGGGCCAACUGAUGCUCAAGAGGUUAUGAGUCAGCCCUUUUUCAGGAACAUUGUGUGGGAUGAUAUCUACAACAAGAGAGUACAGCCUCCAUUCAUGCCCCAAAUCAAGAGUGCAACGGAUACCAGCAACUUCGAUUCCGAAUUCACAAGCGUUACGCCUGUACUUACCCCAGUACAAUCAGUGCUCUCUCAAGGAAUGCAAGAGCAGUUCCGCGGCUUCUCUUAUACUGCGGAUUUUGACUAGAAGCCAAGAUUGGAAUCCAGGACUCGUUGAGAUUGACUGCACAGUAUUAGCAAAACCACUAUGAGAUAAGGGGAAAAUUUCGAUCGUUUGACUGAGCUAUAGGAUCCAUGAUAUUGGACGAGGUUGAUAUCCCAGUUCGAGGAGGCAUUGGUGAAAGAGAGAAAUGUUCACCAGAGGCUCGAGUUCCACCCAAGCCACGGAGACACGCGUCGGGGGCGUUUCGUGAGAAGUCAUUCGCUGGGCGAAUCCUCCAAAAAGCAGAAGUAGGCUAUAGUCAGGGAAACACCUUUUUUUUUUUUAGAAUCUGUCGAGGAGUAGCUAUCAGAUGAUACCGUACAGUUUACCCCCGGCGUACAGUAGUAGUUCGCCCCUUUAAUUAGACCCCGCGGAUAAUACAACAAUCACCCUUCCCCUUUCUUUUUCCUUCUUGCCGGCCUUCACUUGCACUUACCUACCUUCCUUCCUACCUACUCACCUACACUAAGCGUCCGUCUACUGCCAUGGGUAGAUAUUAAUUAGGCACCUGGUCGAGUACCUAGGUAAGGUAGGUAGGUAGGUACAUGUAGUUAGUGCGUCGAUCGAUCGAUAGCGAAAAGACUUUUGGGUAUC